AUGGCAAAGGUAGUACGGAAGAAGUGCGGGGGCGGUCUUGCGCCAAUUCUUGUCUGGCUCUUAUUUGCAGCAAAACCUGCCGCAUCUUUGACAAUGAGCAAGAAGCGACUAGCACAGCUGGGAACUGCACGCAUUUGCAAGGUUUUGCAUUCCCACGCUCAUCUGGCAGGAACAUUAUCCAAUUCCAGUGAUGCCAACGUCUCAGCUGAAGUGAUCGGAUGUUACGGCAGAAUUGGGUCACUCUUUCUUAGGCAUGCCGCCAUCCCUGUACCUCGAGGUCGAAGCGCUGGUUGGAACUCGGAUGACGGUAAUCCGAUCUUCGUCGCCACUCCAGCACAUUCUUGGAGGGACGUAUAUACAUACUCGAAGCCGGCAAGGCGUACAGAUCUUGUCUGGGUUGGAAAUGGAUUGCCAUUGCCAGCAUUUGAAAGAUCUACCGUUGUUGUACCUCACUUUGGAGUACUCCAAGUAGGCGAAUCUCCGGUGACGUCUAUUUCUUCGCCCCCUACCUAUGUUUAUGGCAAACACACUGAUGCCGUCUGUACUAUCUCUCAAAAGGAGGGUGUCUUUGUUAAGGUGAUUGACUCUUGGCAUGACCUCUAUGCAAUAACCGCUAGGAAAGUGCUGUGGGCGUCAGUCAUGUGGCUGGUACGUCAUUCGGAAACACCACCAUUGACCGUGGCGGCUGCUCAUAAGCAGAAAAGACAGCUAUUGAUAGACCUUGUCUCUGAAUUGUUUGCACCAUUACAAGCCAUAGUAGGAUUGUCAGCAUACACCAAUGAGUACGAGGACACUUUCAUUUAUUUGGAAUUAUAUUCCAUGUCUAUGCCCUAUGCUAUUCCGAACAAACAACUAGCCAUCGACGAAAUAAAAGAGAGAAACGGAAUAUGGCUAAGCCUAUCGGCUCAGUUUCCGCAAGAACUUCAUCAAGCCUUAGUUCGAGAAGUUGCUGGCAGAGAAACCCUCGAUUUGCUGCUUUGA